AAAAGUAAGAGUUCAGUGAAAGGAUGGCUCCGUUAGCUCGUAGCAUAUUAGUGACUGGUUCCAAUCGGGGAAUCGGACUGGAACUGAUCCAACAGCUGGUGAAGAUGGCUGAGCCUCCAGAACUUAUCUUUGCAACUUGCCGGACCCCAGCCGGGCCUGGCGGAAAGAUCUUGGAUGAACUUGCCAGCAAGCAUUCCAACAUUCACAUCAUUCAGCUAGAGGUGGAGGAUCAGUCCAGUGUGAAGGCAGCUGCUUCAGUGGUUGAGUCGCUUCUCCAUGGUAAAGGUCUGAACCUGCUGAUCAAUAAUGCCGGUGUGAACUCCUAUGCCACUCUGGAAACUGUGGAGCAGCAGGAGAUGCUGUCUGCUUUUAACACUAAUGUGGUGGGGCCCAUACUUGUGGUUAAGGAAUUUCUGCCCCUGUUGAAGAAAGCAGCUGGAGAGGCAGCCAUAAAGGAGAUGAGCUGUCAGAGGGCAGCCAUCAUCAAUAUAACCUCCAAGUUGGCCUCCAUUGAACGGGGCUUUGAAGUCAUGAAAGGACCAAUGUAUCCUUAUCGUGCCAGCAAGGCUGCUUUGAACAUGGUGACGGUCUGCUUUGCGUUGGAACUAAAGGAAGACGGGAUCUUGUGUACCCUGAUCCAUCCUGGUUGGGUGAAAACAGACAUGGGAACAGAGCAGGCCCCUGUGACUGUGCAGAACAGUGUGCGAGGCAUCCUCAAUGUGCUUGCCAAUCUAUCAUCGGCCUCCAACGGGGCCUUUCUUGACUGGGAAGGCAAAAGGCUCCCUUGGUGAGAUGUGCAUGUCCUUUCCUCCAAGAAAAAGGAA